UUUGAGGAAUCAAUGGAUUCGUCUUCAUUUCAAAGCAGUGGAGACUACAGUCACUCCUUCAAAAUCAUAUUGAUCGGUGAUGCCGGAGUCGGAAAAACCAGCCUCAUCUCCAGCUUCGUCUCCGACUCCAUCGAACCUCCUCAGUCCACCGAUGUAUGUGUAGAUAUGGAUUUGAAGUUCAAGCUGCUCACCGUAGGUGACACGAAAUUGAUGCUCAAAAUUUGGGACACUGUUGGACAGGACAAGUUCAGAACAUUAACACAGUCUUUUUAUCGAGGUGCCGACGGGAUUAUUCUUGUAUAUGAUAUAACGGAUAGAAGCAGCUUUACAGCCAUAUCAGAUUUCUGGGCUAAAGAAGUGGGCACGAAUAAUCCGGAUUGUGUGAUGAUGUUUGUUGGAAAUAAAGUUGAUAGAGAUUCUGAAAGAGUUGUAAGUCAGGAAGAGGGAACCGCACUAGCAAAAGGGCUCGAAUGUUCGUUUUUUGAAACUAGUGCUAAAACUAAAGAAAAUGUGAAGCAAUGCUUUGAAACACUUGCACUACAGAUAAUGGAGCUUUCUGGUGAUUUUGAGGAAGAAGAGGAAGAAGAAGAAGUGGAAGAAGAAUUUCCAGGGGAGAGAAACGAUAUAGGGCUGAAUAUGGAUAUACAGGUGAAUAUGGAUGUUGGUGGUGGUGGUGGUGGUGGCCGUGGUCGCCGCCGUAGUGGCAGCUACAAUCGUGGUCGCGGUCGCAGUCUUGGCCGCAGCCGCGGUCGUGGUCGCAGUCUUGGUCGUGGUCGCGGUCGCUUGGGUGGUCGAGGUAUUCGUGGUGGUCGUGUUAUUCGUAGUGUUCUUCGUGUUCCUGUUCGUGGUGGUCGCUGCUAAAAGCAAGAUUCACAUAUCAUGAACAUAGUCUGCAUUUUAAUUUCUCU